CCAGCCGAGCAGUUCAUUCCGUUCGCCUCUUGCGCCGAGAUGCUGGGAAGUCUCCUGUGGUGAUGGUGUGAGUGAGGAAGCGGGCGAGCCACAGACUGGGGGAAGCCCGGUCGACGUGGCUGCGGUCUGAGGGGGCCCUCUAAACCUUCAGGUCGCUCCUCAUCGAUCACCCUCCUCUCCGCCUCCCUUGCCAGCGCGAUCCCCUCCUGCUCUACCAUUUCCUUUCUCCUUCCCCGGCUCAGGCUCUACCAGAGCCGUUGUGCAGAGUUGGUGCUUCGGUUUGGGGGUGGGUGGGUGGGUUUUUUGUCUUUGCACUUAAAAAAAAAAAAAAAAAGACAGUGUUGGGACGAAACCCGAGCUCCCUUGAUCCCGAUCCCGAUCCCCUUGCAUCCCGACCUCCCUUUCCAGAUGCGCUGCCCCCCGGCGCCCUGACAGCUGCGGAGCCACAGUGGGCACCCGGCUCGCAGGACUGAUAUGCCCAGGACUCAGCUCCAGUCUGCGGCCGGCCAGCGGGAGCGAUGAGCUGCCUGUGAACCUGGAGGCCCUGUGGUGGGGGGAUCACGCACCUUCCUCACCAAGCCCCCCACCACCGCCCCUCCCCGGACCCCUUCCCCAAUUCCCCUGGCUAGGACCAAGGCACCGAGGCCAUCGCCAAAGGUUCCUUGCCUAUCAGGAGGACCUUUGCAGCUUCGGUGGAAACCAGCAACUAAAUCUUGUGUAUGGCGUGGUCAAAGUUGCGGCCCCUCACCUCUGCCUUCCUCCACUUUGGGUUGGUUACUUUUGCACUCUUCCUCAAUGGUCUGCGGGCAGAGGCUAGCACGGCCGGGGAUGUGGAGAGUACAGGGCAGAACAAUGAGUCCUGCUCAGGGUCCUCAGACUGCAAGGAAGGUGUCAUUUUGCCCAUCUGGUACCCAGAGAAUCCUUCCUUGGGGGACAAGAUUGCCAGGGUCAUCGUUUAUUUUGUGGCCCUGAUCUACAUGUUCCUUGGGGUGUCCAUCAUUGCUGACCGCUUCAUGGCAUCAAUUGAAGUCAUCACUUCUCAGGAAAGGGAGGUGACCAUCAAGAAGCCUAAUGGAGAGACCAGUACAACUACUAUUCGGGUCUGGAAUGAAACUGUCUCCAAUCUGACCUUGAUGGCCUUGGGUUCCUCUGCCCCAGAGAUUCUCUUGUCUCUGAUUGAGGUGUGUGGUCAUGGGUUCAUUGCUGGAGACCUGGGGCCUUCUACCAUUGUGGGCAGUGCGGCCUUCAAUAUGUUCAUCAUCAUAGGCAUCUGUGUCUAUGUGAUCCCUGAUGGGGAGACCCGUAAGAUCAAACACCUUCGGGUCUUUUUUAUCACCGCUGCAUGGAGCAUCUUUGCCUACAUCUGGCUCUACAUGAUUCUGGCAGUAUUUUCGCCAGGCGUGGUUCAGGUGUGGGAGGGCCUGCUCACUCUCUUCUUCUUUCCUAUAUGUGUCCUCCUAGCCUGGAUGGCAGACAGACGGUUGCUCUUCUACAAGUACACGCACAAAAAAUACCGUACAGACAAGCACCGAGGUAUCAUCAUAGAAACGGAGGGCGACCACCCCAAGGGCAUUGAGAUGGAUGGGAAGAUGAUGAAUUCUCACUUCCUAGAUGGGAACCUGGUGACGAUGGAAGGGAAAGAAGUGGAUGAGUCUCGCCGAGAAAUGAUCCGGAUCCUCAAGGACCUGAAACAGAAGCACCCAGAAAAGGAUCUGGAUCAGCUGGUGGAGAUGGCUAACUACUAUGCCCUUUCCCACCAACAGAAGAGCCGAGCCUUCUACCGGAUUCAAGCCACCCGCAUGAUGACUGGAGCAGGCAAUAUCUUGAAGAAACAUGCAGCAGAACAAGCCAAGAAGUCUUCCAGCAUGGGUGAGGUGCACACUGAUGAGCCUGAGGAUUUUGUGUCUAAAGUCUUCUUUGACCCAUGCUCUUACCAGUGCUUGGAGAACUGUGGAGCUGUCCUCUUGACUGUGGUGCGGAAAGGGGGUGACACCUCUAAGACUAUGUAUGUGGACUAUAAGACGGAAGAUGGUUCAGCCAAUGCUGGGGCUGAUUAUGAGUUCACAGAAGGCACAGUGGUCCUGAAGCCAGGUGAAACCCAAAAGGAAUUUUCUGUUGGUAUUAUCGAUGACGACAUCUUCGAGGAGGAUGAACAUUUCUUUGUAAGGCUCAGCAAUGUUCGCAUCGUGGAGGAGCAGCCUGAGGAAGGGCUACCCCCUGGCACAAUCAACAACCUGCCCUUGCCAAGGGCUGUGCUGUCCUCUCCAUCUGUGGCUACAGUCACCAUUCUGGAUGAUGAUCAUGCGGGCAUCUUUACAUUUGAGUGUGAUGUCAUUCAUGUCAGUGAGAGCAUUGGCAUUAUGGAGGUCAAGGUCCUCCGGACAUCAGGUGCCAGGGGCACAGUCAUCAUCCCCUAUAGGACAGUGGAAGGGACAGCCAAGGGUGGUGGUGAGGACUUUGAAGACACCUAUGGGGAGCUGGAAUUCAAGAAUGAUGAAACUGUCAAAACAGUUCACAUCAAGGUAAUUGAUGAUGAGGAAUAUGAGAAAAACAAGAAUUACUUCAUUGAACUGAUGGGGCCCCGCAUGGUGGAUAUGAGUUUACAGAAAGCACUCCUGUUAUCUCCAGAUGUGACUGACAGGAAGCUAUCCAUGGAGGAGGAGGAGGCCAAGAGGAUAGCAGAGAUGGGAAAGCCAGUGCUGGGCGAGCACCCCAAAUUAGAAGUAAUCAUUGAAGAGUCCUAUGAAUUCAAGAGUACAGUGGAUAAAUUAAUCAAGAAGACAAACUUGGCCCUGGUGGUGGGGACACAUUCCUGGCGUGAUCAGUUCAUGGAGGCUAUCACUGUCAGUGCAGCAGGAGAUGAGGAUGAGGAUGAAUCCGGGGAGGAGAGGCUGCCUUCCUGCUUCGACUAUGUAAUGCACUUCCUCACCGUCUUCUGGAAGGUGCUAUUUGCCUGUGUGCCCCCCACAGAAUACUGCCACGGCUGGGCCUGCUUUGUGGUUUCGAUCCUCAUCAUUGGUAUGCUCACCGCCAUCAUUGGAGACCUGGCUUCCCACUUUGGCUGCACCAUUGGCCUCAAGGACUCAGUCACAGCUGUUGUUUUUGUGGCCUUUGGCACCUCUGUCCCAGACACUUUUGCCAGCAAAGCAGCCGCCAUCCAGGAUGUAUAUGCUGAUGCCUCCAUAGGCAAUGUCACCGGUAGCAAUGCAGUUAAUGUCUUCCUGGGCAUUGGCCUGGCUUGGUCAGUGGCUGCCAUCUACUGGGCCCUGAAAGGACAGGAAUUCCACGUCUCAGCUGGUACCCUGGCCUUCUCGGUCACCCUCUUCACCAUCUUUGCUUUUGUCUGCAUCAGUGUCCUCCUAUACCGGAGACGGCCCCACCUCGGUGGCGAGUUGGGUGGCCCCCGCGGCUGCAGGCUGGCCACAACUUUACUCUUCGUGACCUUGUGGCUCCUGUACAUUCUCUUUGCCACACUGGAAGCUUAUUGUUAUAUCAAGGGGUUCUGAACAGCCAAGGGCCGACGGAUCCAAAGAACCUCUCGGCCUCACCACCCUCCUCCGGUGCCCAGCAGGAUGUUUGGCUGAGGAGAGAAAGCACCAGACAUCCAGGUCAUUGGAGCACCAUGUUCUGUGGAAUCUCCCCCAGCCUAAGCCCUGGGACUAAAGGACAACAUUGAAAGGUCAAGUUGUAACCAAUCAAAUCGAAAGACAAAAGAAGUCAAAAUUAUCAAGUAUUUAAAUACAAGCCAACAAUAGCAACAACAUCAACGUCCUUCCUACCCACAAUCCCAGCCUUCACGCAAGAGGCUCACUUCCAUCUUCUUACUGUUUUUAAGCUCCAUCUUAUUUGGUUGCUUCACAUUCUCCUUGAGAUUGGGCUUUCUCUUGUGGGUCUCAAAGGGAUGCCAAACACACACAAUAUUUUCACAUCCAACUGACAGGUCUGGGGGUGAAUUAGAUUCCCAUCAGUUGACUUGGCCUCUUUUUCUAAUUUGUAUUAUUGUUAUUGUUGAUUAUUAUUUGAUGCCAGGUUUACCUCAUUGUUUUUUCUCUCUUUCUCCUGACAUCCAUGACAAAGGUGAAAUGGAAUAACACUGGGUUGUUGUGGGAAGAAAGAAAAGUGUGAAUUUUUCAACCACAAACAAGCUCACUUUCUCCAAGAGAUAUCCACCAUGAUUCUGUCCCUGUUUCCCACUCCCCCACCUCCCUGAAUUCUUUAGAAGAAAUAUACUUAGGUGAAAAGACACACACACAUGAAGACACACAUGCAUAUAGCCACACAUACAUUUGUUGGGGGGAAAAUUAAAUAUUGGAGCAUGAAGCAAACACAUGCUUCCACAAAGAAAAAACCUCACAAAACAAAACAAAAAUCUUUGUUCUCUGCCCCUGUUGCCACAUUUUGAAUACAACAUGUCUUUUGUAUAUGUGUCAGUUUCUUCAUAACCAUGGUAUUUUAAGAACAUCUAGAAACAGAUUAUUCUGGGAAAGCAAUAGGAAGGUAAGGCCCAAGAUGGAAAAAACCUGGCAGAGGAAAGUGUCGUGUGUGACUUUUUGGUCCUCUCUCAUUUGCUUUUUGAGGUAGGAUGAGAGUCACGUGCAUAUAUGCACAUAGCAAGAUUUUUUUUAAGGGAAAAAAAACUUAUCAAUUAUUUGGUGUUCUCACUAUUUGGUGCUUCUGAGAAAUGUCAACUUCUCCAUGGUCCUACCACCUAGAGUAUCAUUGUGCUAGAAUUCACCAAAUUUCUUAAAAUCACAUGAAUUUGGGAGAAAUUGAGAGUAAGAAAGACCCUUUCUAUUUGCUACUCUAAUUUCUCUAUGCCUUUAAAGGAUGGGCACUGAGUCCUGUGUAGUUCUUGUAAUUAGCCAAUUUGGUGGGAUAUGUUGGACAGAAAUCUCUUAAUGAGCUCUCAUUGUUUUGGUUUGUUUUUAAGUCUCAUGAAGAUAUUUGAUAUUUUCUCCUCUCUACCUGAGUUGUUUUUCUGCGGUCAUGAUCCUAGUUUGGGGCAUGUUCUUCGGAACAUGACAAAGUUUGAGAGGUCUUGUCUUUAAAACACACACAUACACACAAUCAUCAUGAAACUGCCACAAUUCUUCAGGUUUCUUCAUUGACAUAUGUCCAUUUUAAAAAAAUAAAAAAUAUCAAGAGAACAAAAAGCACCCAUUUAAUUUUAAAUCCAUUUUUUAAAGAAAAAAAAUGGAAAAAAUGUGCUUCUGUCAUAAGGUCUAUUGACAGUCACUAUUGGAAAUGUUGGGGUGGUUAAUAAAAGCUAUACUCUAUCUCUUUAAAAAUA